CAACAAUAUCCAUUCUUCUCUCAACAUACGCAAAGAUUUUGAUGCACUCUCAACCACCAGAUCCCGAAUUACAAAACCAGAUCUGGGCAAUAUCUAGCAAGUGAGUUUAUAAUAAAUAGGAGCUACACUUUUUUUUUUUGUAUAUGCAAAAUUUGAUAAUAUUUAAUUUCACACACAUUGACAGAUAUGAAACAUGCAUUGAUACUGAGACACAACAAAGAGCUGUGGAGUAUUUUGCAUUGAGUAGGAAAGGUGAAGCCCUGAUGGAUAUAUUAGCAGAAAUGCCAAAGUUCCCUGAACGUGAGUCUUCAUUGAUCAAGAAAGUAGAAGACACUGAAGCUGAUACUGCAGAGCUAAGUGCUAUCAAGUCACGCACACAACAGCAGGCUUCUAAUGCUUUAGUGGUGACAUCUGAGCGCGAACCUCCCCAACUUGGUAUGGUCAAAAUCCCCAGCGUUGACCAUAACUCUGUGAGCGUUGACCAAGAGUUGACUCAAGCUAAUGGAAUUUCACAUGAAGUUGACCACCCUCAACCUGAUAUUCUUGGAGAUCUUUUAAGCCCACUGGCUAUUGAAGUACCUCCUCCUCCUGUACGUGAAGAUGAUGCAUUAGCUCUUGCACCUGUUGAAGAGCAAGAUAAUAUUGUAAAGCCAAUAGGAGACACUGCAGAAAGAUUUCAUGCCCUGUGUCUUAAAGAUAGUGGAGUUCUAUAUGAAGAUCCUUAUGUUCAGAUUGGUAUCAAAGCAGACUGGCGAGGUCAUCAAGGUCGCCUAGUCAUCUUUUUGGGGAACAAAACAACUUCUUCACUCACUUCAGUUCAAGCAGUGGUUCUGCCUCCAUCUCAUUUAAAACUGGAACUCUCAUUAGCAAAGAACAAGCUUCAAACCAUGCAAACCAUGGUGUUUGUCGUCCACACACAGCCUUCUCUAACAGCCCAUCUUUUUUCCAGGGCAAAAGAGUUGGGCAUGAUGGGUGAAGGAUACAUGUGGAUCAUAACAAGUAAGACUACCAACUUGUUGAAUUCCAUGGAUGCUGAAGCAAUCAAAUCGAUGCAGGGGGCUGUGGGUUUCAGAUCGUAUUUUCCAGCAUCAAGAAAGCUUCACAACUUUGCUUCAAAAUGGAGGGAGGAACAUUAUGCAAUUAAUAAAAGAAACCAUUUCAAGAAAGUCAAUUAUAGACUUCAUUCAAGUAAGAAUGAAUCAAGAAGAGCCCUUGAAUGA